CUUCGCUGCUGCAUCUGUCGGAGCCAUCGGAGCGAAAGGGGGGCUUCCUCUGCUCUUCACAUGUCGUCGUCCCCGCCGCCGCCGUAUCGUCUGUCUGGGAAAAUACCGUCAAAUGAGAGCAAGUGUCUGUUUUGGUGGGGGGAUUAACCAUCCGGAACCGAUCGGCUCUGUCUGCGUGAAAUAGGGAAUGAACGACGAGACAGCAUCGGACAGCUGGAAGAGAAACUCUGGGUGCUCCAGUAUUGAGCAAAUGCUGGCUGUGAAUCCCGGAAAGACGCCCAUCAGUCUGCUGCAGGAGUAUGGAACGCGGAUAGGCAAGACCCCAGUGUAUGACCUGCUGAAGGCCGAGGGACAGGCCCACCAGCCCAACUUCACGUUCCGCGUCUCCGUCGGAGAGAUCAGCUGCACCGGCCAAGGGCCCAGCAAGAAGGCAGCCAAGCACAAAGCAGCCGAGGCUGCUCUGAAGAUGCUCAAGGGAGGCCUCGGAGGUCCCGCUGGAGUUGGUGUUGGAGUAGACGGGUUUAUUGGGGUUGACGUGUCUGCUGAUGGAGACAGCUCCCAGUCAGAGAUGAAGACCUCAGGCAGUUCUCAGCAGUCUGAAUGUAACCCUGUAGGAGCUCUGCAGGAAUUGGUGGUACAGAAAGGAUGGCGUUUGCCAGAGUACACAGUCACCCAGGAGUCUGGUCCAGCGCACCGCAAAGAGUUCACAAUGACCUGCAGAGUUGAGAGAUUUGUCGAAAUCGUCUCCUGUUCCUCUCCAGGAAGUGGAACCUCAAAGAAGCUAGCCAAGAGAAAUGCAGCAGCCAAGAUGUUGUCGCGUAUACACGACGUCCCAGUCGACCUGAGGACCAGCAACGACGCUGACACAGAAGAUGACACUUUCACCAUGCACAUGGGAAGCAGAGCUGAGUCGGGCAAAAGCAAAGGCUUCAGCUGCACGUGGGACUCCCUGCGUAACUCUGCUGGAGAGAAGAUCCUCCAUCUCCGCAGCCACCCUCUGGGCAUGCCGUCUGACUCCAACUUCUGCUCUUUGCUGAGCGACCUGUCAGCAGAGCAGCGCUUUGACGUCAGCUACCUUGAUCUAGAGGAGCGUAGUCUGAGCGGCCUGUGCCAGUGUCUGGUGGAGCUGUCCACACAGCCAAUCACAGUGUGCCACGGCUUCGCCCCGAGCAUAGACGCCGCUCGAGCCAAUGCAGCCCACAAUGCACUGCAGUACCUCAAAAUCAUGGCUGGAGGGAAGUGACGUCAUCCUCACAGACUCAAACUCGCAGCUGCACAGUGCCAGGAUGAAUUUCCACUUUGGACAAAGGAUGCACUUUUGUGAUGAGUUCAAAUAACAUGAAUUACCUCAAAUUUGGAAAUAGAGACUUUUUCUGUCCCUGGGUGAACCCCUGGAGCCCUUUUUUGGUCACAUGGAUUUCUUAUUAUUGCCAAUGAAGAUUUAGCUUCCCAAAAACUCAUGAACCCCCUCUCCUAGACAUUUUGUGUAUUUGUCAAAUUAUUUUAAAAUGCUUUUGUUUGCUCAGUCUCCAUGAGCAGCUCUUUAUUUCCUUAAAAAGAUCAAGUUUAAAAAGUCUUUAUCUGAAAUCAUAAAAGGUGCUCUUGCAGUGAGUUCCCAAAAUCCUGCAGACAAAUUCUGACGCAAACGGUCAAAGGGGUUUGUAGAAAUUGGGCAACGGAAUCACCAAUUAUUGAUGCAUCGUUUAAUUCCCGUUCACAUGGAUCUCAAGCCAUGUGACGAAACAUGGAGAGAAAAGGACUCUGCUGAAUCAGUAUCAGAGAAUAAUUGUGACUGCCUUGUUUUCAGAUGAGCUCUUACUGAAAAUGUAGCUUUUGUUGUUUAAUUUGAACCCUAAAAACUCAAACAGUUUGUCUCUGUGAUGUUUUUAAUGUUGGGCCUUAAAGAGUGCAGUCAGUUGAAAAUUACCAUGUUAUCUUUGCUACAUUGUGAAAUCAAAUAAGGUUUAAAAAUGUUGCAAAUGAACCCUUUCUAAUCAUGUUACUCUUUAGCGUUCCAAAAGUAGGAACUGUGAUAAGAACCAGAUGCUGCUUUAAAAUGUGCCAUUUAGUCCUAUAACUCGACUUCUAGCACACAGUAGUUGCACGAGGAGCUCUAUUAAUCCAUCUGCAAGAUGCUUUUCUGAUUUGGGUGAAAUAGGAAGUACUGCGAGUCUUCUGAUGGAGCAUUGUUGUCGUUCAAUCAUUAAACACACUAAAACCAUUGUAGACCAGACAAACAAAGCUACCAUAAAUUCUUAUGUGGAGUUUAAAUGAUAUCCCUUAAGAAUGUUUUUUGUGCUCAUUAUGACCAGUACUGUUUCAUUUAUAAUUUAAACCCCUGUGAGAUUUCUUUUUCUGUCAGUGCGAGUCCUUUAAUGAUAUUAGAAAAUAGAUGAAGGUGAUUUUCCAGGUUUCUCAAACUACCUGUUUUGUCUUAGUGUAAGGAUUCAUUGCUUACCUACCUUACUGUGUUUGUAAAUUGGUUCAUAUACUGUCUUGCAUUCAUCUGACAUGAGCAUUGAAAACAGUACACAGUUUGCACUACUUAAAAAUUUAUUAUGUCCUUUGCGCAAUGCAGGCUGACCAUGUUUCUGUACUCCCACUGGUACACAGUACAGAGUAUUUUCUGUAACCUCAUUCUGAGAAAAGGCAGAUCUGUAUAUUGUUAUUCUGAUGACUGAAAUAAGGAACUAAUGGCUGGUUUUUAGUGAAUUUUAAGUGCUGACACCAUUGAGGUCAAUGCUGACAUCAAUACAUUUGAGAUAGACUUCUUUCUUGUGGUAGUAGAAAGUAAUUAUUAAUUAAAAAGUAUGAGCUCUAUGUCAAAUUGACUCUGUUUCCAAUAAAAACCUUUUUUGUAAAUUUUA